AUGGGUUCGGUUACCAAGACAGAACAAACCAAUGUGGUCAAAAAACGACAAAGCAAUAGGAUUGAAAUUCGCAAUGUCCCUACCUCAGUUAGUCAGCAGACAGUUGAAGAUCUGAUAAAAGGUUCUGGAACUGUCAAAAGAAUUCAACAUGUGACCAGUGAGUCAGAACCAUAUUAUAUCAUCAUAUUAGACACACCAGAUGAGGCCCAAAUGGUUGAGAUCACCAAUAAUAAUCCAGCGUCAGGCAAGCUGACCAAUCAUGUGAGGCCUGGUCGUAAUCCUGGUAAUGUAAGCUCUCAGGGUGGCAAUUUUAUUGGUGGAGGUGUUGGAGGAGGUGGAGGAUGUGCCGGCAGCCAGAGGCAGCCCAGAAAUGGUGGAGGAUGCCCUUUGAGAAUUUUAGUUCCAAGUGAUUUUGUCGGGGCAAUCAUCGGUAGGAAGGGUCAGACCAUCAAAAGCAUAACACAGAAGUGUAAGGCCAGAGUUGAUGUGCACGGCAAGGAAGCAGGCGGUGCACUGGAUAAGAUAAAUGAUAAAGUGGUGAUAUCCAUAUAUGGGCAGCCGGAGAACUGUACAAAUGCAUGCAAAGAGAUAAUGCAUGUACUGCAACAGGAAUCAAAUAUCAAUGAGAAAGGAGAGAUAUCCUUAAAGAUGCUAGCCAACGAUAGAUUCUGUGGUCGCAUCAUCGGCAAGGAUGGCAAGAUGAUAAAGAAGAUCAAAGAAGAGACAGACACCAAGAUAGCUGUAUCUAAUGCCCAGGAAAUGGCCUGUUUAUACCCUGAUCGGGUGAUAGCCAUCAGGGGCAGCAUUGAGGGUAUGGCGAAGGCCGAGGCAGCUAUUUCUGCUAAGCUUGCUGAGUGCAUAGAGCAAGAGCAAGUUCAGAAUUUUUAUCCAUUUACGUCGUUUCUCCAACCGCCACUAAUGCCGAUGCAGCAACAUCAGCAGCAGCAGCAACAACUGCCAUCACAUAUGGGUCGAUUUAUUAAUCACGGGGGUCCAGCCCCUGAAUUAGUUCAAAGUGAGGUGCUUCAAAUUAGCGUGCCUAACACGGCUGUCGGGGCUCUGAUUGGCACUGGCGGAGUCACCAUUAAGCAGAUGAUGAAGGAUAGCAGGGCUUUCAUUAACAUUGAAUCAAAAAAAGAAGUAGACUCAACCCCAGAUCGUAUUGUCAUCAUUAAAGGAACGCCAGAUUCCUGUUGGAGAGCUGCCUUCAUGGUCUUCGAAAGGAUGAAGAUGGAAGGAUUUGCAGGGCACGAGGAGGUCCGGCUAAAAACCACAAUCACAGUACCUCGCCAGCUUGUUGGCCGCCUAAUUGGAAAAUCCGGAAAGAACGUACGAGAACUGCAGCGCUUCACUGGGGCCAUGAUAAAACUGCCCGAUGAUGCAAACAUGCAGGGUGAUCAGGUGGCCGUUGAUGUCGUUGGACAUUAUCUCGCUACCAGGGUUAAGAAAGUAAAUUUUAUUUUGUAA